AUGGCCACUCUAUGUACACUUGUAGCCGUCUGGCGGCUUGCCAUCCGCCUGCAGAUCAACAGGCGUUUGACAUUGAGUGAUUGGCUCAUGGCAGGUGGUGUGGUUCUGAACUUCCUGGGCUGUCUGCCCUACGCCGUAUUAGCUGCAAAAGGUGGCCAAGGCCGGCUGAUGUCAGAUCCGUGGUGGCUCAUACCUGGGCGCAUGUCGAACGAGCUACACAUGAUCUUCAUCACCCAAUGUUUGAACGUAUAUGCAAUGUUCUUAGUCAAAGCUUCGAUUUGUGCUUACCUAAUGGCGUUGGACUUUGGCCGCAGCUAUCGGGUUCUCAUCUGGACAUCCGUCGUCAUCGUUGUACUAUGCAACUUUGUCAUGAUGCUGAUAUUGCACUUUGCAUACUGUCGGCCUUACUAUUCACGAUGGGACUUUGCAGUGCAGGGAGAAUGCUGGCCUGAAGCAGUCAGCGACGUAACUGCCUAUGUACAGAUUGCAUCCAAUAUUAUCACUGACUUGAUCUAUGCCGCUGCACCCAUUGUAUACCUAAGAAACGUAAAGCUCAGCACACAGACACAAUGGGGCGUACGAACUGUUUUCUUGCUGGCAUUAGUUGGUACAGGUCUUUCCAUUGCCAAAAUCCCCAUUACCGCAAAGUUUCUUCGAUCCGAAGAGCUCAUGUGGGACGCCAUCGACCUAAGCAUCUGUAGCAUCAACGAAGUCUGCGUCGGUAUUAUUGUCGCCAAUCUGCCACCCCUCCGGAAAACGAUCCUGGGUGUAUUCUCCAGAAUUCUUCCAGAGAGCUUUGCUACGGCCAUUGGGGUCUCACGGAAACACAACAGCCAGUUCAAUGCUGUUUCUUUGCAAUAUACUUCCAAGGGUCGUACAAAGCUUCAGGAUGAUGCCGAUGGUGAGAGCGAGCGCUGCAUCCUCAAAUUAGGAGAGAGACAGCAGCAUUGGAACAUUAUGAAGACAACACAUGUGAGCAUAUGCGAUGAAGCUGCAGGCGGUAAGGAAACAAUAACAGUGUAA